AUGGAUUUACCUACUAUUACUUCCGAAUCUGAAAAUAAAAUGGAGUUUGCAACCAAGUAUCAAAAUUCGACUGCUGCCACUUCUGGUACUGCUUUGAAUGUCAAUGAUGUGUUUCAAUCAUCUCUUUCCUACAAUACUGGAAGUACCACUGCGAAUUCUUUUGCACCAUUCUCGCAAAACUAUCUGGAUUUAUCUGAACUUGAAGGAAACUCAUUUGCCAACAAUGACUACUACGACUCUUACAACUAUAUGUUUUCCAACGUUGACAAUGACCAGUCGUCUUGUCCUUCUGGCAGCCAUUCUCAUGAAUUGGUUUCAAACUGCACUUCAAACUGCACUUCAAGUGCCAACUCUGAGUUUUCGAACUCUUCUCCAUUGAAUUCUCCUUUCAAUUCCUCGCAUCCACAGGCCCUCAAGCAUGGCUCUCAAAGUAACUUCUAUCAAUUUCAAGGAUUGCCAUCCAACAAUCUGCAUGAGUUUCAACAAAUCAUAAAUUGUAUGCCUGAAGCACAAGAGGUGGAAAGCCAAUUCACAUACUCUUCUUCUAGUGCUCCAUCAACUGCUGAUACUGACUCAUUCUCAACUAGUAACGAGAGUCCUAGUUAUCCUGUUAGCGGCCAAGCCGAUUCAACUCAAAACCUGAAUGAUAUGAUGAACUACCCAGACAUCACUACAUUUGUGAACUCAAACAUGCAUAUUGCUUUACCAAUUGUUGAGUCUACGUUUGUUGACCACAGAAUAUGCCGUGUUUGUGGAAAGAGAAUCAACAGGGAUAUGUCUAGACAUAUGAGAACACACCAAGCCAUCUCUAGAUUCACUUGCAAGUUUCCAAACCAGUGUCGUCACCGUUCUGGUAAGUUCAACAGACCUUACGAUUUCAAGAAGCAUUUAUUGAACAGGCAUUUCAAGUUCGAUGAUAUACAAAUCAAGAGAAAGAAUAACUUGAACGAAAAACUAGAUCACUGGGGUACAUGUUUGUGCGGUACGAGGUUUUUAGCGAAGGAUUGGUUAGAUUAUCAUAUCUUGACAAACGACAAGGAGCAAAGAUGCUCUUAUGUUGAGUAA